ACGACCAAGAAAAUAUACGCGAUUUUGAAAAAGAAAAAUACAGGGGGAGAGGGUUUAACCGGUAACGUCACCGCAUAGACAGCAGCUUAUCGGCGUAGAUAACGGUCUUUUCAAAUAUGAUACAACACCGUCAUACUAUUCGCAUUGUACCUACUCACUAUGGCGCGACGAAAUCUUAUCAAAAAGAUUCGAAGUGGGCUACGAUAAAGCGACGUUGCGAAAGUGUUCGUUCGUCGCGUUCCCAGCAAUUUGCUUUUGCUCGUGGACAGUGCUCGAUCGGCCACAUCGUGACAACCGGUGUCAAUGGAGAAGCGAUUAGCGAACGGAGAUCGGCCGGUGGUCGGUCGGGAAGCCGAUCAGCGACCGGUCGAGACCGAGGCGGACGCGUUUCUAGUCAAGUAUCGCGAUCGGUUUUACAAUAUUCGUGAAUUCCUCAGAUACCAUCCCGGCGGGAAACGCGUGCUCGAUCAUUUUGAAAAUCGUAGCCUGGACAAGGCUUUCACCGAGAACCCGCACUCCAAAGCGGCCCACCACCUGUUCGAGGACUUCAAAGUGGAGGCGAAGGAAAAGUACCAGGAAUACGAAGACCUGAUCGAUUGGGACGCGUCUAUUCUCGGCCAAGUGGGAGAUUUGGGAGAUCGGUACUGGGAAUGGGUGAACCUGCCGGUGAACCGCGAGAUCCGAAUAUUCAAGUCAAGUCUGCUGGAGUCUGUGUCGAUCACGCCGUGGUACCUGGUGCCGAUCGUGUGGGUCCCGGUGUUCAUCUAUUUCCUUUGCCAUGGCGUCGCGACCAUGGCCGGCCAUUACACUGGACACGCGCUGGCCGACGCUUUCGUCUCGUACGCAUUCGGCAUUUUGCUGUGGACUAUACUAGAGUACGUGCUUCACCGGAAGUUGUUUCACUUUAAACCGCCAGCUACGUCGAAGCUACUCAUCUGCAUGCACUUUAUACUUCACGGGAUCCAUCACAAGGCCCCCUUCGACAGCAGGAGGCUAGUGUUUCCCCCAGUGGUCGGUCUGCUCAUGGGUAAAUUACUAUGGAGCAUUUACCGCGUAUCGUUUCCUUCGUCAGUGGUUUAUUUCAUUGCCGCCGGUACUACAACAGGGUACCUUUGUUACGACUUAAUUCAUUAUUAUUUACAUCACGGCGCGCCGAAAAGCGGUACUUAUCUCUACACCAUGAAAAGGAAUCACAAUUAUCAUCAUUUUUCGCAUCACGAGCUAGGUUUCGGUAUCAGCAGCAAACUAUGGGACCAUGCGUUUGGAACAAGCAUUUGUCUCCGACAAUUAACGAAACCCAUAGAAUGGUGAACACCGCGUCACCGCUGAUUGUAUAUUAUCUAUACAGUAUUUGCUUCUCUUCAUUGAUCUCGGUGUAUGUCCAAUGGACAAUAUUUUAAGUACAAAAUAAGGAACAGAAAAUGCAUAUAAAUAAAGGGCAGAACGAGAUCCCGGUAAGAGAGCGAAAAAGAGAGAGAUAAACGUUACGAACGACCACGCUCUUGCAUUGACAUACCGUUAAGUAUUAAGUACUGAAAAUAAGGGACCAAUAGACUUCAAUUGCCAUGGGAUAAAUAAAUACGAUUAUGGUGCAUCGACUUUGAUGUUCUUUCUACCCAUACUCAGCUGUGGGAAAGUACUCUUAUUUGUGGGAGGAUUCAGUCUGGAGGAUAAAUGAACGAACGCUUCUAACAAGCUAGUCCUGUCCAUGACAUUCACUUCAUAGUGUUUCAGCUUUUCUCUGGUGCACCAGUUGGCUGCUUUGCUAGCAGUGUUCUCCAGACUGUGAGUCUCUUCCUCCUUGGUCCGAUUGCCGACAACGAGAACCGUUAUCUCUUUCUUAUCCUUGUUCCGGUCAAUGUCUUUCUUCAAAGGAAACAGCACAUCCAAAGACUCUGGUUUGGCCGUGUCAUAAACGAGAACAUACCCAUCCGCGAAACCGAGAUAAUGUCGUGGUAGCUGUUGAUUAUUUACAUUGUUUUGCAGCGAUUCCAGUCCAGCUGUGUCGUAAAAUCGUACUUUUUCUUUAGUACCUCGAUCCGUUUCUAUGUUCGCAACAUAUAUGUCCUCGAUAGUAGGAUGUAUUUCCUGUUGUAUACAUUAAUAUUACUAUUUUAUGUAAAUGAAAACAAAAUAUACAUCUCUAAUAAUGU